AUGGAGCCGUAUCGAGAAAGCAGCUCGCCGCCAGUGCUGCAGGCGUACAGCGACGCUGACUUUGCGAGAGACAAGUUAGAUCACAGGUCGAUGACAGGCGGGAUGCUACUCUUGAAUGGCAUGGCCGUGAUCUGGGGCGCGCUUAAACAGGGCGGAGUGUCCCUGUCAACGAUUGAGGCCGAGUUCGUAGCUUCCUCGGAGGUAGCGCGCGAGAUGCUCGGCCUCCGCGGGAUGCUCAGCGACAUCGGCAUCGAAACCGAUGCACCGCUCGUAUUGCACGUCGACAAUCAAUCCAUGCUAGGUCAAAUCGCUGGCGAGGCCUCGUAG